GCAGAAACAGGAGCUACUGUUAUUGCUUGAAUUUAUGUACGUCCCUUUGUGGAAAACUGCCAUGAGCCUGAUACUGCCCCUUCUUAGACGCCCACUCACUAUGGACGUCCGAGUUUAAUGCCAAUCGUGACUGAGGUCUGUGAUGCUAGGGUGGCGGUAUUUGUGGACACUGCUACAUAUUAUUCUUUUUGCUAUACUAAGACGCAAUGGGAGAGAAUUUCAAUGCUACCUUACUCGUAUACAGCACAGUGUCGUUGUCACAGUUGCGGCAGAGUGACAAGCGGUCAGAUAGUCGGCGCUACGGCUACUCGUGUUGACACUGGUAAAGAAGGCAGUCUGACGCUUGUUGUGUCGUCUCAUUGGUAUAUUGUUGUAUGCAGACUGCCUCAAUGCAGACCAGCGGCAACCAAGAAAACACAGUUCGGUGAUAGCUGGUCAAUACGAUAGGUGAACCAGCUUUUCGGUAUUCAACGGUGAAAAAGUGGGGCUAAUGGAUCAAGGAGGGCAAGCUCGUGUUCAGUGAUCGUUGCUUAAUAACAUCGAGGGGCUGUAGUACCGAAGGCGAAAGUGAUUGACGAAAAUCGCAUCGUAUCAUUAGGGGACGUUGUAUUACGGGUAGAAAGAUUUUACUUAAUCAAAGAUUAGACGAGGUAGGCCAAGGUGCAAGUAGUUACGAAUUCAAAUCGUAUGUGGUGAUUUUGUUCGUAUCUAUGUGCUUAGAUGGCUCAAAUAUGCCAAAUCAACUCCGCAUUCUAUAUAAGGGGGUGGUGGAUUCCAAGACAUGCGACAAUGCUAUUGGUACAUAAAAAUUUCGAAAAAUACCCCAAUCGAAAUAGACGACGAUAAUGAUUGUGACAACUUAUUGCUGAUCAGUUGUAUGUGGUUCUGCAUUGCUGUAUGUAACAGCCCUAGCAAACCAGUGAACUUUGAACUUAUGUUGUUAAUGGUGCUUUGAUGAUACUGAGCCAAUACUUAUGUUCACAGUGGCAGUAACAGCACGGCAAGUUACACUGAGAAUGUUUCAAAUGUUAUUUCUGCCUUGUUUCAUGUGUUUGUCUUAGGGCAAAGCUCGUACGUGUUAGCGACGUCAUGCCCCAGAAGAAUCUUAAAUAAAACGGAACCGAAUUUGAAAUGCUUACGCACCGUAGAUGGUUUUGGUGCCAUUGUAUCGAUUCAUAUUUUCAAUUUUACGCCAAAUGCAUACACGAGGGCAAAUCGCAAUGGGUAUGGGACUAGUCAACGACAACAUUUAUAGAAACAGGUGAAUCGGAUUAGAAAGUCUGGCAGUCCAUAUAACAAUGGCAGAGAUAGUGGAUCCAUAGCAGUUCUAGUGGGCAAAACACGGCCAGUCUACGAGGCUUCUUAAGUUGAGUUAAGAUUUUGUUCAUGAGCAUUAUUAUGCGACGAUAGAAAGUACUGGACGCAGUAGCAUUCAUGUAAAUGAAGCUGAAAUACGGUGACAUACAGAUUGUGCCAUACUUCUGCUAUAGCGCAUAUAAUUGUUUCGAGCAAUGUGUGUGCUGAGCGCUUCGGUCGUAGUACGAUCGGUGAAUGGCUGUACAUUCAGUGCUGUCCUUUAGAAUCCUGGUGAAUUGGCACGCUGAACGAGUCGCACGGGAGCUUGCAUGUGGGGUGUACGAACACAAGGGCCAAUCUAUGAAAAAAAGUCGAUUUAUGCAGUUAUAUACUCACGUGUACAACUACUGUACAUCUGUACACCCGAACCAUCCAGCAGGGGCUUCUGCCGCGCGUACGCCGAGCUCAGGUCCGAACGGUCGUACUAGCCGAUGCGUCGUCGGAUCCGGCGCACAAUUCGUCGGACACGAACUGUAUAAGAAACUUGAAGAAUUUCUACGUGGCUACCUCAACAAACUUUAUGAAGAAACUAUUAACCUUCGCGAUGAGGAUCUCCUGAGAUCGUAUACCCGGCAGUGGAAUGAGUAUCAGUUCUCUUCGCGCGUGUUAGAUGGCAUCUGUUCGUACCUCAAUCGACACUGGGUUAAGCGCGAAUGUGAAGAGAGUCGUAGGGAUGUCUAUGAAAUCUACCAGCUCGCCCUGGUCAUCUGGCGGGAAUGCUUCUUCAAGGCGUUGCAUAACAAGGUGACGAACGCAGUACUAAAACUUAUCCAACAAGAACGCGGCAAGGCCAAAAUAGACACUACCCUUAUAUCUGGCGUAAUAAAAAGUUAUGUCGAGCUGGGGCUUAAUGAACCCGAGGAAGGUCACCAAAAAGGUCCAAAUCUAUCCGUCUAUCGAGAGGCAUUUGAGAAUGCUUUCCUCGAUCAGACAAGACAGUUCUAUUCCGCAAAAAGCAGCGAACUGCUAAAUAGCAAACCCGUCACAGAUUUCCUUAUUCAGGCGGAGAGCUUUUUGCAGGAAGAAAAUGACCGUGUCUAUCGCUACCUUCACGAAACGACAUUGCCUACACUCGCUAAGACUUGCGAAAGUGUUCUUAUCGAGCAGCACUUAGAUCAGUUUUAUGACGAGUUUAAGAAGUUACUCGAGCAAGAUCGAAAGACAGAUCUAGCUCGGAUGUACAACCUGGUCUCCCGAGUUCCGGGAGGACUCACUGCCCUGCGCGGGAUACUUGAAACUCACAUCAAUGAACAGGGACAAGCUGCACUUGAAGCACAGGGAAAGGAUGCCGAUCCCAGAAAAUACGUCAAUGCUAUACUAACGGUACAUAAGAAAUACUCGGAUCUGGUGAUAGAUACCUUCACCAAUGAUGUCGAGUUCGUCGAAGCUCUGGACAAAGCGUGUGGUCAGUUUAUAAAUGAGAACUUUCAGACCCGGCACGCACAAGCCGGCACUUCGAAGGGUCCAGAUUUGCUCGUUCGAUACUGUGACAUGCUUCUCAAAAAGAGCUCAAGAAACCCUGAAGAGAGUGAUCUUGAAGAUGUUCUUAAUCAGGUUAUGAUUGUGUUCAAAUAUGUAGAAGAUAAAGAUGCUUUUCAACAUAUCUACUCGAAAAUGUUGGCUAGACGGCUGGUAACACAGUCGUCGGCUAGCGAAGACGCCGAAGCAUCUAUGCUCACCAAACUAAAAACAGCCUGUGGUUAUGAAUACACAUCAAAGCUCCAACGUAUGCUGCAAGACGCUACAAUCUCCAAAGAUUUGAUUCCCCAGUUCAAGGAGCACAUUCAAACAUCAACAAAAGAUAACCCGCUACAAAUCGAUUUCAGUGUUCAGGUGUUGAGUUCUGGAUUGUGGCCAUUCCCACAUCAGAAAUAUGAAUUUACCUUGCCAGCCAGCCUAGAACGUUGCAUUUCGAUGUUUGCCAACUUCUAUUCUACUAAACAUGCGGGCCGAAAGUUAACAUGGCUGUAUUCAAUGAGCAAAGGCGAACUUUUGGCCAACUGUUUCCAAAAGAAGUACUAUCUUCAGGCAUCAACGCUUCAAAUGGGCGUUCUACUGUUGUUCAAUUCGACUAGUAACAAACUUACCUUGCAACAUCUACAGAUGGGCACAAACAUGCGGAUCGAUAUGGUUCAGCAAGUGGUGCAGGCUCUGGUCAAGCAGGAGGUCUUAGCCAUCGUCCCCGGAACAUCGGGAGCUAACGUCGCUGGAACAUCGACAUCCGAUUGCGAGGAAUUGGGUUUAACUACAGAAUUGAGAAUCAAUACAGACUUUCAGAGUAAAAAGACGCGCGUCAACAUCAAUCAGCCUAUCAAGUCCGAGGCUAAACACGACCAAGAGCAGACGCAACGACAUAUAGCCGAAGAUCGACAACAAAGCAUACAAGCAGCGAUCGUUCGAAUUAUGAAAAUGCGAAAGACCUCCCAACAUCAGCAGCUGAUCAGCGAAGUUAUCAAGCAACUAAGCAACUUCCGACCAAGCGUACCGGCCAUCAAGAGAUGCAUAGACCUCCUCAUCGAAAAGGACUACAUGGCACGGGUCGAAGGACAAAAGGAAACCUACACAUACAUCUCUUAACGAUUUUAAACACAACUGACUCUGUAAGUGAACGUUACUUGUAUACCCGUUUGUCAAGCUGAUGAGCCCUCAGUGUUUGACACUUAGUGUCGAAAAGAUCAUCCAGCAUGAACCAACCCAUGUGUCAGACAUUGCUUCUCUCUCCAAAUGCCACUCCAAAACGUUUAUUCAACCAUCGGCAGUUAGAAAUGCCCAUUCACAUUACUCAGCUGCAUUUGUGGCCAGCUGUUAAAAAGCAGAACAGGGCAGCGCGAACAACCAGUUUGUAUAGCGCGCGAGGUGAUGGUGCUGAUGAAUAGAAACGAAUCGUUUUUGGGCGUUUAUCGAAAUCGGUGGAAAAACAAUGGCUUUGGCAUAUUUUGAGGAGGACUGCGAAAAACUGUUAUUGAACAGAGUCAAACCGGUGUUGUUGGCAAGAUACGACGUCAAACAAUUGUUUGUUGUAAUUAGAGGCUGCAUAUAUACAUAUACAUAUAUAUAUAUAUGUAUAUAUAUAUAUAUAUAUAUAUAUAUAUAUAUAUAUAUAUAUAUAUUAGUAUUAAUUAGGAUGCAAAGUAUAGGGGAGGAUCGGUAGCGGGAUCUACGGUAGAGAUGUUGUAACCAUUUGCUAACUGUUCAUGCGGAGUAGAAUUACUCUGCUGUGGGGCUGUGUUACUUGAUAGUGAUAGUGUUAAACGAGAUAUGCUGGGGCUUCGAGAAGAAAGUUGGGCAUAUGGGAAUGUUGGUGAGGUUAGUAAAAAAAAAAACUACUUCGGCCUUUCGUUCUUCAGACUUGUAGGCUACGAGAGCGAUUGCUAAAUGACUGUGCAUUCUGAUACUCUUAAUAGUAUAGCUUGGAAAUUUCAACUGUCACCUUUGUAACAAUGGCACUUUCUGUAGAAUGCCGUAUUACAUGUGGAUUACCAUCUAAAGGUGCUGACAUACUAAAACCCGCGAUGACCUUAGUUUUCUGCCGAGUAGUGGGGCGACGGGUGGAAAUAAUAUAUGUAUAUAAAUAUCAUAGAUUUACAAAGAAUAAUUAGCAGAUUAAAACGAACAUUGAAAAAUGUUCGUUUUUUUCUUUUUCAUUUCAUUCAGAUACUAUGUCUCUCCCUUUCUCUUUGGAAAUGACCCUGUAGAUGACGACUGUUAAGCUUUUAUUCAAGCCGUCUCACUAGUUAAGACCGUCUGCGAUCAAAUAGGGAAGUUUUUCCUUUCUCUUUAAUAGCUAAUGUUGUUUGCAGCUUCCCGUGACUAAUAUCGAUCAUACUUAGUUUUAUUGUAAUUAUUUCAUUUCAGCGUUUCUAUUGAACGAAAGUGGGUAAAUGAAAUUGAACGAAUAGAGUGAAAAAAACAGUAAACGUGCCCGUGCAGCACGAACAGACAAGCAAAACAUAACUAUAGCGAGACCCACACCCUUUGAAAAACUCUCAGAGGUAUCCCAGGCAUCAAGGAUCAAAGAAGCCCAGAUAUCAAGAUAGUGUCGCCUUACGGGAUAAAAUUUGCAGCUUUCUUUCGCCGUCCCACCGACACGCUAGGGUCACGACUAGAAUGUUAAUUAGUAGCUGAUAAACGAUCGGUGCAGCAGACGAUCGGAAAAAGACACGUCGCUUAUUAUUAUGUUUGUAAUAAUAAUAGUGCCGAUAUAGACAAUAUUAUAAAAUGUGGAAUAUUCUGUGUACAUUUAUGUCAGUCGACAGUGACGAAAUAGAAAUCCGAGAAAUGCUUAGUGAGAAUUCUCUCAACCCGCAACAACUAGCGAAAGUGCUGUUAUAAUAAUUUCUAUUAUUAUAUUUAAUAAAAAAAAAGCAGCUUUACUACUUGGUAUGGAGGAAAGAGAUUAAAAACAAGUUCUUUUUUUGUAUUUUGUAUCGACAAAGGCUCCUCUCUAGCUAAUGGCUGUGUCUUGCCUGGUCAACCCCGUGCGCACCAUUUCCCCCACAUGGCCCUUUAACGAUUCGUACCUUUGGUAAGACACUUCGGCCGCUGCAAGAGACAUAUACAAAAUGUCGCAAUUGCUAAAGAAGCAUAUCGCAGACUUUAGGACAACGCUGGUACUAAGCUCCGGGUCGACACUCGAUGAAUUGUUAAAAAUAUGAUCGAAUGAUUGAGAGACGAUUGAAUCUGUAAACGCCAGUCAGGCAGUUUGACUACUUGCACGCAUAGGUGUGACUGUCUGUACGGGAAUGUACACUGUGCUUGUUGUAUAUGAAAGGAAACAGCGCGUCAGCAAGGGAGGAUGCAAGUAGACGCUGAAAAUUGUACCGGGAUGUGUCGUUGAUUCGUUAAUAAGGAUAAAGGCUAACGCGAUGCAUCACCCUGUAUAGGUGAAUAUAGGUGGACGGGAAGGGGCAGAUAAAUUUGCGAAUAAUAUCGAGGGGAGACGUGAAUGGAAGGCGCGGCGCUCCACAGAUAAAUGGAUCGACCGGCUGCAAGUUGCUUACAGAUGAAUGUAAGUAAUUUAUUAGUGAUAGAAUUUGCGCUAUCUUACCGAGCAAGAUGACCCAGAAUGAGGCAAUACACAUUGCCGUGAUCGCAUACUAUAAAGCAUUUAAAUGCGAUCCGGUAAUAAUACCACUUCAAGAAAACCGGCAUACCGAAUGGGGAUAGUAUGCGAGGAAAUUUCUUCGAAAUGCGUGGAAAUAUUUCAUUUUUAUUGGAGGCAUGUGAAAUCAGUCGCACAAUUUUCCGGUAAUGAUGUGAUGGAUAGUUCAGGGCUUUGUCUGUGAAAAUCAGUGGAAAAAUGUAAAUAAGAAAUGUAUCGCCAACCGUGUUCAAUUAUACCGACUAAACGACUACAAUUGUGCUAAGGCAGCAAAACAGAAAUUUCGCGAUAUUUUUUGCCUUAUAAAAACAAAAUGCGGUAGGUACGUGGAAUGGCAUUCCGAAUCUUGACUAGGGUUUUUAACUGAAAGCUUAGGCGUUCUAUGGUUGCUCUACCAUAUCUUUCAGUCAAAUUAAAUCUAUUAUGCCGUUUAGUUGUAAGAGCCAAUUUUACAUUGUCGUGUUUAUCUUCAUUCGCUUUGGCGCCUGUCAUGUCGAGGCGACACACUGAAGUCGAAUACGUGUUUUUUUUUUCGCUUGUAUCAAACUGUUUCCUCCUGAAGCUAAUACAGAGGCAGCUUACGGCCUGUGCCGUCCGUUACGUUUUGAUAAAUGUGCUUUGAUAUGCCUUCACUAAAAAGUGCGCGCCUUUGUAGCAUAAUUGAUUUGGAGAUAUUGAACUCAUCAUUUCCUGAGCUAGAUCUGCUUCGUCAGCGAAAUUACCGUUGGUGAUGAAUUGUGUUCAUUUAAGAACUUCAAUCGACUGGCUAUUGCGUGCGUUAGUUAUUACUAUUGAAUGCCUUCGAUACGGCUUAGGACGAAGCUGGUUUGAGUUAGAUUGUCAGCCAGUUAUUUUUGGAAGGCAAUAUGAAAGAGGUCGAAGGUUUUCUGCGUAUGGAAGGAGUUCCGAGCGACGAGAGAAGAAGCUUGCAAUUGUUUGGGUAGCUUUUGGCGGGAGCUCGAGAUUAGACCGCUAUUUAGAGCGCGUGAAACGCAAACAAAAGGCAAAAUAGAGUCCACGGCUGCUGAUACGUGGCCGACACUCUGAUAACGAUACGAUGCACGAAAGAGCGGGGAGCGGAGCCUAUCCUCAUAAAGUGUAUAUAGAAAUAGUAACAGAAAAAAUAAUUAGAUUUGAUGGACUUAUGUAUAUCUGAUGGUGGCAAGUUGACUAUAUACCAGUAAUAAUUCCUAAUACCUAAUUCGUCAGUGUACGAACCUGUUGAAUUGGGAACGUGCUGCAAUUAGCGUGUGAAUAUAUUAUAAAAAUAA